CAUCUGUCGGUCUGUACGUGGCGCCACAUGAAGUUGAGAACAGUUUAAAAAGAACAACAAGUGGAUGCGCUACUUUCUAAGCAUUUUUACAACACAGGGUGACCCUUAGAUCCCAGGAUGAAGGACCUGUUCCUCUCCGGCGUCAACUAUGUGAGCAUCAGGAAUAGAGAGAGACUCGCUUAUCCUGGUCCGAGGGCUUAUCCGAGGCUAAGCCAGAGGGGAAAAAACUGUAAGCUAGUCUCAGUCGACCAGAGGUACGGGCACAAGGCCAUCUGUCCAUUCUCUAAAUACAACUGAGAACAAAGGAGGGCAACUGUGCGCUCAGGGAACCAUACACACAUUGCACCACAAACAUCAACUCAUCCUGGAGAGGGAAGACCAGAAGAGUUGUUAAACUUUAUGGCAUCUUCGUGAAGUCUGAACCUACAUCACUUCACCAGCGGUUCACAGCACUUUUGCAAGUUCAUUUUCUGCUGGAGUGUCAUGGCAAGAGAAGCCACGUUGCAUUGUACAGCUUAUAGACAGUCGAUUUAAAGCUUCCAGACUCAAGAGAAGAAUGAAUUUGAAUGAAGGAGUAGUACCAGAGGGGGGGCUAAAUGUCACCCUCACCAUCCGCCUGCUAAUGCAUGGGAAAGAAGUCGGAAGUAUCAUUGGAAAGAAAGGAGAGACUGUCAAAAAAAUGAGAGAUGAGAGUGGAGCUCGUAUUAAUAUAUCAGAUGGUUCCAGUCCAGAGCGCAUCGUGACCAUCACCGGUCCAUCUGAGGUGAUCUUUAAAGCAUUCGGCAUGAUUGCAGAGAAGUUUGAGGAGGACAUCUUGGCCUCCAUGAUAAACAGCACAGUGACAAGCAGACCUCCUGUCACACUGCGCCUCGUCUUUCCCGCCAGUCAGUGUGGUUCACUCAUCGGCAAAGGAGGAUCCAAGAUCAAAGAGAUCCGAGAGCUCACAGGUGCACAGGUUCAGGUAGCAGGAGACUUACUGCCUGACUCUACUGAGAGAGCUGUGACCAUCUCAGGCACCCCACAUGCCAUCACUCAGUGUGUGAGACAUAUCUGCACCAUCAUGCUGGAGUCUCCACCUAAAGGAGCCACAAUUCCAUACCGACCCAAACCCACUGCAGGAGGCAACCACACAGUGUUGACGCAGCCGCAUGCUGCGCCGCAGGCCUUUGCAAUUCCAGGACAGUUUGCCAUUCCGCCCCAAGACUUGACCAAGCUUCACCAGUUGGCUAUGCAGCAUAUCCCCUUUACCUCCCUUGGGCAGAGCAACCCCACCUUCCCUGGUCUGGAUGCUGCCUUUGCGACCAGUUCUCAUGAGCUGACCAUUCCUAAUGAUCUCAUAGGCUGCAUCAUUGGCAGACAGGGCAGUAAGAUCAAUGAAAUUCGCCAGAUGUCUGGUGCCCAGAUUAAGAUUGCUGGGGCCACAGACGGUUCGGCUGUACGCCAUGUCACCAUUACAGGCUCUCCAGUCAACAUCAGUGUGGCACAGUACCUCAUCAGCGUUAGUUUAGAGAUGGCUAAACUGAGCAUCCAGGCUGCAUCCACUUCCUCCUCCAGCACACCUAUCGACCUCAGCCUCGGUUUCUCUCAGUCCACCCCCUCUGCUUCGGCGUCCUCAUCCUCCAUGGCUGUCCUGGCUGCCUCCCCCUCUGCUUUUAAUGUCCACACCGCUUCAUCCAUUCCCAGUGCCCACUAUGCCCUGCCUGUCUCCAGUCUGCUUGGCAUGAAAUCCUUCCCUCUGCUGGCAGUGCACACGGCCGGCUCCGCGGGCCUCCCAACCGGCCUCACACCCUACACCGCAAAGAUCCCCACAUCGUCCAGCAUCAAAAAAUCAGAGCGGCAGAAGUUUGCCCCAUACUGAGUGAUUGUGGUCUUUAAAUCUCAUCAGUAAUUUUCUAUUUGUUUGUCAUCAUCCAUCCAUGAACUUUUAAGAAGAUUAAAAGUGUUUUUCCCAUCUCCUUUUUUUUUUAAAGAAAAAAUGUUUUUGCAAACAAGUAGUCAGCGCACGACAAGAUUGAUUGCUCCUCAUAUUUUCUUCCAUUUUGUUUCGCAAUUCAUCCGGGAGUGUUUGAGAUAUUCAUCUCUCGCCAUAUAAUUUAUCUGACACACCUCUUUUUUCAUGAGAAACCAAAGCCAACAAGAAUUUGAUUUAUUGGUACUGUGCAGCUCGCAGGGAAUUUCUGUAUCUGGACGUGUGAUUUUUUUUGUGUGCUUUUUAUCUGAGUGUUAUUUUUGAUGUUCUGAUUGCAACAGGCAAACGACUUUGUUAUUGUAACAAAAUAACAAAGUCAUUUCAGAGAGAUUGUGAUGGUCUGCAUCUUAUACUGAUAUUGCUGUUCAGUUUUUCACCCUACAUCAUCAUAAAAACCUGAACAAACAGAAACAAAUCUUUCUGCAAACACCUACUUAAAACCGAUCCACCCAAAUGAAUAUUCAAAUGAAAAUGUAUUUGUUUGGUCCCACCCAUAACAAUUUUGUCCCAACCCCUGGGAAUCUUAUUGCUGAUUUAGCUUAGUACACAAUAAUGCACCUAUUAUGCAAAAUCCACUUUUACAAUUUGUUUGGAUAUAAAUGUGCGUUGGCACUGUGUGAACACAACCACCCUACUAUGAAAAAAUCCAUCCACUCCUUUUUUUGAUUUAUAAUCCCCAUUAAACCAAAGCAGUCUGUUUUGACUCUCUUGUUAAUGUGAUGUCACAUUGUUAAAGCCCUCCCACAGUGACUGACUGACUGUUUAAUUUUACCAAAAAGCUUUUCUAAAUGUGUUUGUUAGCAUGUUGUAGUGCUAAUGCAGCUAAAUAUACUAUUGUUUCAGACUG